AUGCCUACUUUGCUGGCGGGGAAGCUGAAAAGCUCCGGCACUGCCUUUAUGUUCGGUGUCGUCCUGCUCUACCCGCGCAACACCUUGGCUGGGAGUGUCUUCCAAGUCGUCCUUUGCUACGGAUGCUUGGGGCUCCUUCCCUUGGUUUUCAACGCCACCUUCCUGGCGAUCGCCGCGCUGCUCAUUUGGAGCUACGUGGCAGCGCGGAAAGAGAGCCACAGCAGUGUUUGUGAUGUUUGGCGGCCAGUGGGGGAAGACAAGAUCAAGUCGUUUGUGCAAUAUCGCCAACUGUACAGUGAGUGCGCCACACUCUUCUUUGGCGAUAACGGACAGGGAGACCUAAUGUGUGCAGAGCGUCUCACUGGCAUGAACAACACCGAGUGCCCGGAAGACGCCGGUGUUGGUGGAGUCGUAACCGCGGCUUUCAUCCACCAGGUCGCCAAUGAGCAAGACCAGCUGUCUGAGCUUUUCGAACAGCUGGACGAGACAUCGAACCUGGAACAGGAAUAUGAGAAGCGAGGAAUCUACUUUUUCCGUACCUAUGUCGGCGCGGCCAUCCAUGCAUUUAAUCUGGGUCUGGUCUCCGAAGAGGGACUCUAUCGCGUUGGCACCGAAGCAGUACAGGACAUGGUACGCUUGCGUAUCCGAUACUUGGGUAGGGCAGAGCGGCGACCGUGGAAAGAUGUGGUAAACGAGAUGAACACGGAUGUGGAUCGUGCGAACUCCCUUCUACCACCUCGUCUCCAAAUCGAGAAAGUGCCGAGCUCGGCAGCAACGAACCUCGAUCUCGAGAGGGCCAAGGCGGCCCAAGCCGCGAAGGCGGCGCAG